AUGUCCCUGCACAAAAUUCAAAAGUUUGCCUUUUCGAAGGAAGUGCAAGAAGCCAUCAAAUCCGAAAUGCUGCAGGACACGAACCCUCCAGGUGAAAUCUACGAAUGUGCUUCCUCGUUAAACGAAGAGACUCUGCUCAAGACAACUAUCGACGGCGAAGAAUGCCGACUUCCGUUUGAGGUACUGACGAUGGAUUCAACACCCGAUCUCCCGUAUCUGGAUGAAACAGGCAUUACGCGAAAACCGUUUCAAUGUCCCAUCGGCUCCUGUCAGGAGCGCUCAACACUCUUUAUGUUUCCAAUGCACAUUUCCUACGACCACAAGAACGUGCUGAUCGAGUCGUUGUGGCCGAGUGAAACAAACAAGGUGCUUGUCGAUCCAUAUGCUCCCGAAAGUACGCAACCGCACUGCCACAAGUUGUACCUAUUGAACGGCAAAAUCAGAGGUCGUGGAGAUGACAAGAAAUGCGAUAAGCUCCCGUUCGCGUUGAUGUCCUCGAAGAUCUCUUGCAUUGGCUCCGAUCGGUUCAUUCUGUGGGUCACCGGACCGGAUGCGGGUAAAACCAAACGUCAGCACUACACCCUAGAAGCAGGCCGCAACCAACCAGCCCGAUUGCUUCCAUACGCCGUUGCCUUCAGUGAAGGAAUCGUUCCAUUGCACAGCUCACAGGACGCUGAGGAGAUACAGCAGAUGGGUGUCGGGCUCGUCAUUCCCUGGUCACAACUGGAUGCUCUAACCGACAAACGGACGAAGCUUCUGGAAGUUUGCGUGCAUUUCCAUUGA